AUGGACAUCGUUGGACCAUUUCCCCCAAGCAAAGGAGGAGUAAAAUUCCUACUGGUGGCAAUAGAUUACUUUACAAAGUGGCCCGAGGUUAAACCACUUGCAAAGAUUACAGGCAAACAGAUCAUCGACUUUGUUUGGGAAAACUUUAUUUGCCGUUAUGGAUUGCCGGGGGUACUCGUCACUGAUAAUGGCAAGCAAUUUGCUGAGAAGCCUUUCAGCAGCUGGUGUAAAGAGUACAGGAUCAAUCAGGUCUUCAGCUCAGUGGCUUACCCGCAAUCAAAUGGUCAGGUCGAAAGGACAAAUCGAAGCAUAGUGGAAGAAGGCUUGGAGGCCCCGGAACCUUCAGCCUUGGCCUUCUUUGCUUUCUUGGACUUCUUAGCUCUUGCACCACCAUCACCACCUACUGCUGAAGCCUCCAAGCUUGCAUCCAUCGAAGCAUCCGGCACACUUGAAAGAGUGUUAUCACUAUCUCCUGAAUAG